AUGAGGACUUACUCCUUCUUGACAGUUUUGCUUUGGAGCUGUAUGCUUCAUGCUGUUCAUAUGAUGCCAUCACAAAAAAGGACUAACAAGAACUCACAAAGUGAAAGGAUAACAGGAUUGUCAGGGAAUGAUGGAGAAACACUGCACCGCACCAAGCGUGGUUGGAUGUGGAAUCAAUUCUUCUUGCUGGAGGAAUACACAGGUCCUGAUACUCAAUAUGUGGGCAAGCUACACACUGACCAAGAUAAAGGAGAUGGAAAUUUAAAAUACAUAUUAACAGGAGAUGGGGCUGGCAGUCUGUUCAUUAUAGAUGAAAAUACAGGAGAUAUUCAUGCUGCAAAGAAAUUGGACAGAGAAGAAAAGUCCCUGUAUGUGCUACGUGCCAAGGCUAUAGACAGAAAGACUGGAAGACAAGUGGAGCCAGAGUCUGAAUUUAUCAUUAAAAUCCACGAUAUUAAUGACAAUGAACCAAAAUUCACCAAGGACAUGUACACCGCCAGCAUUCCGGAGAUGUCUGGAGUUGGUACAUCUGUUAUUCAAGUGACAGCCACAGAUGCUGAUGAUGCCAACUAUGGAAACAGUGCCAAAGUGGUGUACAGUAUCCUCCAGGGACAGCCGUAUUUUUCAGUGGAUCCAGAAACAGGCAUAAUCAAGACUGCUCUACCAGACAUGAGCAGAGAAAACAGGGAACAGUAUCAAGUGGUCAUCCAGGCCAAAGACAUGGGAGGCCAGAUGGGAGGACUAUCAGGAACCACCACCGUGAACAUCACACUGACUGAUGUCAAUGACAACCCACCUCGAUUCCCCCAGAGCACCUACCAGUUCAGCUCUCCUGAGUCUGCACCACCUGGGACUCCUCUUGGCAGAAUUAAAGCCAAUGACCCCGAUCUGGGUGAAAACGCAGAGAUUGAGUAUAGCAUCUCCAAUGGGGAUGGAUCAGACAUGUUUGAUAUCAUCACUGACAAGGACACUCAGGAAGGGAUUAUAACUGUCAAAAAGCAGCUGGAUUUUGAAAACAAGAUGUUAUACACCUUAAGAGUGGAAGCAACCAACACCCAUCUGGAUCCUCGUUUUCUUCAGCUGGGGCCAUUCAAAGAUACAGCUCUAGUCAAAAUUUCUGUGGAAGACAUAGAUGAACCUCCAGUAUUCAACAGACCCUCAUAUUUAAUAGAAGUAGAUGAAGAUGCAAAGGAAGGAAGCAUUAUUGGGCAGGUUGUAGCCCAAGAUCCAGAUGUAACAAAGAAUACAAUAAAAUAUUCUGUGGAUCGACACACUGACCUCGAUAGAAUAUUCAACAUCUAUUCAGGAAAUGGAUCCUUAUUCAUCUCAAAGCCACUUGACCGUGAAGAAACUCCCUGGCACAACAUCACUGUCAUAGCAACUGAAAUCAAUAAUCCUAAACAAAGUAGCCAGAUACCUGUCUUCAUCCGGAUUUUAGACAUAAAUGAUCAUGCACCAGAAUUUGCCAAAUACUAUGAAACAUUCGUUUGUGAAAAUGCAAAAUCAGGACAGCUGAUACAGACUGUGAGUGCAGUUGACAAAGAUGAGCCUCCUCGAGGACACAAAUUUUUUUUCGAGUUGGUGCCAGAAUUUGCUGUUGAUCCAAACUUCUCCAUUGCAGACAACAAAGAUAACACAGCAGGAAUUAUGACUAGAAGAAAUGGAUAUAGCCGUAGUAAGACAAGUACCUAUCUCCUGCCGGUCAUAAUAUUUGACAAUGACUACCCAAUCCAGAGCAGCACUGGCACGCUGACCAUACGUGUAUGUGCCUGUGACAGUCGAGGAAACAUGCAGUCCUGUAAUGCAGAGGCCCUGCUCCUCCCUGCUGGCCUCAGCACAGGGGCACUGGUUGCCAUUUUCCUCUGCAUCAUCAUCCUGCUGGUGUUAGUUGUCUUGUUUGCAGCCCUCAAGAGACAGAAGAAGAAAGAACCUUUGAUCAUCUCAAAGGAUGAUGUUCGGGACAACAUUGUGACCUACAAUGAUGAAGGGGGUGGGGAAGAAGACACCCAAGCUUUUGACAUUGGCACACUCAGAAAUCCAGAAGCAAGGGAGGAAAGUAAGAUAAGAAGAGAUGUCAUACCAGAAACUAUAUUUCAGAUAAGACGCACUACACCUCUUUGGGAAAAUAUUGAUGUGCAAGAUUUUAUUCAUCGAAGGCUAAAGGAAAAUGAUUCAGAUCCAGCUGCCCCUCCUUAUGAUUCACUAGCAACCUAUGCUUAUGAAGGAAAUGAUUCCAUAGCAAAUUCACUCAGCAGCCUGGAAUCACUUACCACAGAUGGCAACCAAGACUAUGAUUACCUCAGUGACUGGGGACCUCGGUUUAAAAAACUAGCAGACAUGUAUGGUGGAGAGGACAGUGACUGA